GGCACAGCUAAGUGCAGCCGCCCGCCUCUGUCACUGGGAGACAGUCCACUUAAAUGCAGCUCCAGGGUUGCAGGACCCCCACCAGCAUCACUCCCCGUGUGAGGUGGCAAAUGCAACAUGCUCUCCAGCUUGGGGUGUCUACUUCUCUGUGGAAGUAUUGCACUAGCCCUGGGAAAUGCACAGAAAUUGCCAAAAGGUAAAAAGCCAAACCUCAAAGUCCACAUUAAUACCACAAGUGACUCCAUCUUCCUGAAGUUCCUGCGUCCACAUCCUAAUGUAAAAUUGGAAGGUUUUCUGCUGGGAUAUGGCAGCAACUUAUCACCAAACCAGUACUUUCCUCUUCCUGCAGAAGGGAAAUACACUGAGGCCAUAGUAGAUGCCGAGCCUAAAUAUCUCAUAGUUGUGCGACCUGCUCCUCCUCCCAGUCAAAAGAAGUCAUGCUCAGGUAAAACACGGUCUCGCAAGCCUCUCCAGCUGGUAGUUGGCACUCUGACACCAAGCUCAGUCUUCCUGUCUUGGGGCUUCCUCAUCAACCCUCAGCAUGACUGGACAUUGCCAAGUCAGUGUCCCAAUGACAGAUUUUAUACAAUUCGCUAUAGAGAGAAGGAUAAGGAAAAGAAAUGGAUUUUUCAACUCUGUCCAGCCACUGAAACAAUUGUGGAAAAUCUAAAGCCUGACACAGUUUAUGAAUUUGGAGUGAAAGACAAUGUAGAAGGUGGAAUUUGGAGUAAGAUUUUUAAUCACAAGACUAUUGUUGGAAGUAAAGGCAAAGUAAAUGGGAAAAUCCAGAGUACCUAUGACCAAGUCCACACAGUGCCAUCAUAUGUCCCGAGAAAAGUGAUCCCAGUAACAAUCAUCAAGCAAGUGAUUCAGAAUGUUACUCACAAAGCUUCAGCUAAGUCCCCAGAUAGGACUCCCUACGGAGGAACGAUAUUGGUCCACCUUGUCAUUCCGGGUCUUAAUGAAACCACCGUAAAACUUCCUACCUCCAUAAUGUUUGAUAUAUCAAACGCACUCAAGACAGAAUUAGCUAAGAAUGAAACCUUGGCAUUACCUGCUGAAUCUAAAACGCCAGAGGUAGAAAAAAUCCCAGCACAGCCCAUCACAGCAACUCCAGAAUCAGUGCCAAGAACCACUAAACCCACUGCGUCUAGCGCAUUAGACAUUUCAGAAACAACAUUGGCUCCAAAAAGCCUUCCAGAAUUUCCUCAGGCAAAAACACCCUUCCCAUUUGAGAAAUCUUGGGGCACCUUGGCUUCAAGCGAAAAGCCAUGGAUUGUGCCUACAAGUAAAACAUCUGAAGAUUCCAAAAUUUUACCACCUCAAACUGCCGCUUAUGAUGUUUUCUCAAGCCCUACAACAUCAGAUGAGCCUGAAAUAGCAGAGCCCCACACAGCAACAAGCGAUCCAUUUCUGGAUUCUCUCCCACGUAAAACUUCUAGAACUCUUGAACAGCCAAGGGCAACACUGGCUCCAAGUGAAACACCAUUCGUUCCUCCAGAACUGGAAAUCUUUACCAGUCCUGAAAUGCAACCUACAACAUCUGCUCCCCUGCAAACUACAUCUAUCCCUUCUACACCUAAACGACGCCUCAGGCCUAAAAUACCAAGAACUAAACCUGAAAGAACCACACGUCCUGGAAUAAUUACAUCUAAAAUUUCUAAAAGCCCUGAACCUACAUGGACAACACUGGCUCCCAGUAAAACACCAUUUAUUUCUUUGAAACCUAAAAUUCCUCUCAGUCCAGAAGUGACACACACCAAACCUGCCCCGGAACCUGAGACCCCACCACCAUCACCACCGCCAAUAGGUAAUGGAGUUUACUUUAUCUUAGAACCUGGAACACUGGGAACCAAACCUUCAACAACAUUAGCUCCACCAAAGACGAAACGACCAGGUCGCCGUCCCCGCCCCCGCCCUAAAACCACACCUAGUCCAGAUGUGCCCAAGUCCAAACCUGCUCUGGAACCUGCUACGGUACAGCCGGAGCCCUUGGGGCCCACAGUCGAUUCAAAACCACCAAAGCAAUUACUUCCUAAACCCCAAACCACAGCAAAACCAGAUAUGCCACCACCUAAAUCCGUCUUGGAGCCUGUUACAUCUGAGCCAGAAGAGCCCUCCACAACCAUAGUUCCUGACACAGACAUUGAACCUGUAACUCUGAGAACUGAGGCUCUUCCAACGACAUUAGCUCCAAAAACAUCCCAAAGAACAAGAACACGUCGUCCACGUCCACGUCCCAAACCUAAAACCACGCCGAGCCCCGAGACUCCUCAGGCCAAAUUAGACUUUGAACCUGUUACUCCUGGGACAUCUUUAGCUCCAACAGCAACAACAACAACAACAACCACAAAGAGACCCCGUCGUCCACGCCCCAAACUUAAAACCACACCCCAUCCAGAAGUACCUCAGACCAAACUGGUUCCUGCCACAACCCCUGAACCAGUUACUCUUAGGACGGAGGCUCCAGGGACCACAAUAGCUCCCAAAGUGCCUCAAAGAACUCGUCAUCCACGUCCCAAACCUAAAACCACACCAAGUCCUGAAGCACCUCAUACAGAACCGGUUCCUGCUACAGACCUUGAACCAGUUACUCCUAUAAAAGAGGCUCCAGGUACACCAUUUGUUCCUGUUACAGACCUUGAACCUGUUACUUUUCCAACCGAGAUCUCUGGGACAACAUUAGCUACCAAAGCCUCACAAAGACCUCGUCGCCCACGUCCCAGGCCUAAAACCACACCGAGCCCUCAAGUACCUCAUACUAAACCGGUUCCUGCUACAGCCCUUGAACCUGUUACUCUUAAACCAGAGGCCAGAGGAACAACAUUAGUUCCAACUGCAGUCUUCGAACCUGUUACACUCAGAACUGAGGCUUGGGUGAUGACACGAGCUCCUAAAACAUCAAAACGGACCCGUCGGCCAUGUCCCAAACCUAAAACCACACCAACUCCUGAGGCACCUCGAUUCAAACCUGUUUCUACUACAGAUCUUGUACCUGGCACUGAAGCUCCAGAAAUCAUGGCUCUUCCUACAGUCCUUGAACCUGUCAUUUUUAGAACCAAAACUCCAGAAACCACAUUAGUUCCUGCUAUGAGCUUUGAACCUGUUACUUAUAGUUCUAAGGCUCCAGAAACAACAUUAGCUCCCAUUGAACUGCAAACUCUUACUUUGAAACCAGUGACAUCACCAAGCCUAGACAUGACACAAAGUCAACCUGUUUCUGAAGUCGUGGAAUCGGUUACAUUUAGUACUGAGUCAUCAAAAGAAGCUAUAGUACCAACUGAAACAGAUUAUCCCACUGCCAAAGUACCACUCAGGCCAGAGGAGCCAAAGACUGAAGUUGUGGAAUCUAUUACAUAUGUGUCUGAACCACCCGAGACCAUGCUAGUUACCAUAGAAACAUCACCUCUGCCUUCCCAAACUAUAAUCCUACCCAGCCCAGAUGAGCCUCAGACCGAACCGGCUCCCAAGCAGACACCGCGCACUCCUCCCAAACCAAAAACAUCUCCACGUCCAAGAAUCCCACAAACGCAGCCAGUUCCUAAGGUGUUCCAGCGUGUCACUCCAAAGCCUAAGACAUCACCAAGUCCAGAAGUGUCCUAUACUCCAUCUGUUCCAAGAGAUGUGUUCCUUCCCCAUAAACCAGACCCUGAAGUCUCUCAGAGCGAACCUGUUCUGCAACCCGUUACCUUUAGAAUUGAUCUACCAGAGUCGACAAUAGCUCCUUUAGAGACACGAGGCAGCCCUUUCAUUCCUAUGAUCUCACCAAGUUCUAGUCAAGAGGAGCUACAAACCACCCUGGAAACAGACCAAUCCACCCAAGAACUCUUCACAACUAAGCUUCCACGAACAACCGAAUUGGCAAAGACAACUCAAGCACCGCACAGAUUGUUUACUACUCCUGUGAGGCCCAGAACACCCGACAAACCACACGUCAGACCUGUUCUCAAUAAGACAACUACAAGACCUAGUAGACCGAAGCCCAGUGGGAUGCCCAGAGGGAAUGGAAUAGGAACAGGGAUCAAGCAAACACCACUGCCAUCUGGUCCUGGUAGAAAUGUAUCCCUGGACUCUACUCACUCCACAAAAAAACCAGCCAUGAUCCCAGGCACUCGUCGCCCACCAUUGCCGCCUCGACCCACGCCCCCACGAAGAAAGCCUCUGCCACCAAAUAAUGUCACUGGAAAGCCAGGAAGUGCAGGAAUCAUUUCAUCAGGCCGAGUAACAUCCCCACCCUUGAGGGCAACCCUCAGACCUACAGAAGCCCCCUUGGAGAGAAUAGAGACGGACAAAAAGCAACCUACAGCUCCUGCCUCUGGAGAAGACCUUGGUAAUAUGACUGACUUUAGUUCAAGUCCAACAAGAGAAACUGAUCCUCUUGGGAAGCCAAGAUUCAAAGGUCCUCAUGUGCGGUAUAUCCAAAAGCCUGAAAAUAGGCCCUGCUCCAUCACUGACUCUGUCAAACGGUUCCCCAAAGAGGAGGCUACAGAGGGGAAUGCCACCAGCCCACCUCAGAACCCACCUACCAACCUCACAGUGGUCACUGUGGAAGGAUGUCCCUCAUUUGUCAUCUUGGACUGGGAUAAGCCGCUAAAUGACACUGUAACUGAAUAUGAAGUUAUAUCGAGAGAAAACGGGUCCUUCAGUGGUAAGAACAAGUCCAUUCAAACUACAAAUCAAACCUUCUCCACAGUAGAAAAUCUAAAACCAGACACAAGCUAUGAAUUCCAGGUGAAACCCAAAAACCCACUUGGUGAAGGCCCAGCCAGCAACACAGUGGCCUUCAGUACUGAAUCAGCUGACCCAAGAGUGAGUGAGCCAGUUUCUGCAGGAAGAGAUGCCAUCUGGACUGAGAGACCCUUUAAUUCAGACUCUUACUCAGAAUGUAAGGGCAAACAGUAUGUCAAAAGGACCUGGUAUAAAAAGUUUGUAGGGGUGCAGCUGUGCAACUCUCUCAGAUACAAGAUUUAUCUGAGUGAUUCCCUCACAGGAAAAUUUUAUAACAUAGGAGAUCAGAGAGGCCAUGGAGAAGAUCACUGCCAGUUUGUGGACUCAUUUUUAGAUGGACGCACAGGACAGCAACUCUCUUCUGACCAGUUACCCACCAAAGAAGGCUAUUUCAGAGCAGUUCGCCAGGAACCUGUCCAAUUCGGAGAAAUUGGCGGUCACACCCAAAUUAAUUACGUCCAGUGGUAUGAAUGUGGGACCACAAUUCCUGGAAAAUGGUAGAUGCUACAAUCAUGUUCAAAAGUGCCUUCUGUUUCAACAUGGCAAAAAAUAAUUGGAAACAGUAUGAUAUUUGUCACAUGCAUUUAAAGCUCUUAUGUUUACUAUGUAUAAAAGUUUAAAAUCUAAUUAAUAGCAGUAUUAGAUGUUUAUUAGAAAGAUUGCUAAGAAUAUUUAUCAGGUUUUACAAAGUCAUUUUAAAAAAGCAAGAUAUUGACAUUAACAGAAUAACAUUUUUUGGGGAAGCUGGCUCCCUUUUCAUGGUAUUUUAAGAGAUCAUUGUAUAUUAUUUAUCACAUUGUUGUAAUGAUGUUUUGAGAUACUUUUAUAACAAAAUUAACAUCAAAAAACUAAUAUACUUGUUAAAAUAUUUACUUUUAUUGUGUAUUCUUCCUACUGGUGAGUUAAUUCCAUAAAUCUCUACUUAGUUUAACUUAUUAGGUCAAAUUAUCUUCAGCAUAUAAAUCUGGGAGGAAAAAAGUCCUAAUAUUUACUUGUUUAUUUAAACUUCAACUUUUCAGCAACAGCUGAGUAUCUCUUCUGAAGCGUUUAAAUAUAGCCACUCAUGCUAAUAAUAUUUCCUUAAAUAUCUGCAAGUUAUGUGAUUAAAAUUUUGUUUAAAUCAGUAAAUUCAUAUUAGCUAAAAAUGGAAUUGAGAAUUUGAUAUAGCAUUUCAAGACACCUAUUUUGUUCUUUCUCUACCCCGAAAUAUGUUAGUCUGAAUUUUCUUUGUAAAACUAUCCCUUUAAGCAGCUGUGUUCCUGCUGUUUUUAAUUCAAAUCAAGCUUUAUGCAGAAACUGUAAAGUCUAAAGCACAAAAGGAUAAUGCAUGAUGAAAUCCCUAUUAUUUUAUAGGGUAUUUACUAUAUUUUUAACACAGAAAAUCUCUAGGAAUGAAUGUUACCAAGGCUGUUUUCAUAAUUCUAUCUAACUCAACUCGUAAUGAAAAUCUCAUUUUAAUUUACAAAAGUAGUGUUCCACUUCAUUUGGGGAGAGAGAUGGGAAUGUUGCAUUGUUGCCCUCAUUCUUAAAGGAACUUUCUUUGCAUCCUUUCAACAUGCUUCAAUUUUAUCAAUACUACAUUUUAUGUUUUUCAAACAAGUAUUAACUCUGCAAUAAAGAGAUGUAGUUUUUUUU